CUCGUGGAUGCCGGUAUAAAUAUCCCAGAGGAACAGGACUGAAGGAACAGACCUGACGUGGUGUGUGUGAAGAACAUGACGAUGGAUUUACUGCCGCUGUUUGUGUUUCUUCUGCUCUGCGCCGUCCAUCAGACCUUCACAGCUGCUUUAGGUAGAAACCUGUUCACAGAGAGAGCCUGCUGCAGACGCCAGAGUCAUGUCAUCUACAUCGGCAAAGAUAUUUCUGGCAGUCCAGUGAAUGUUGAUGUGGGCGUGUGCAGAACGCAUUGUGGCCAAUCAGCGCGUGCCACGUCAUUAGAGGCGGGGCUGAGGGCUUCCAAAUAUUCCUCAAUGCUCGAUUUCCUGAGACACAAAAAGAUGAGACGUCUGGAUCCAUCGUCAUCAUCCUCAGACCCCAUGAGCGGUUCCCCGUCCUGCGGACUGAGCUCCAGCUGUGAGCCGGCCGGGGUCCGUGUGGACCGUGUGAUGCUGUAUGAAGGUCUGCGGGAGGUGGAGAUCAUUGAGGACUGUCACUGCGAAGCCAAAAUGAGCCAGUGUGUCCGAGCACCAUCGCUGAAAACAUACUACUCCGGGACCCCGUAUGAGACCGUUAUAGACGCAGGCAAAUGUGUCGGAUCCAAAGGGGCACCGGAGGGAUUUUCAUGCGUUCCCACUAAGUUUGAUUCCACCCUCAUUGAAACUCCGAACAAAGUGGAGCUGAUCCAAACAGUGGCUCAAUGCAAACUGAUGGAGGGAUGUUACCGUAUCCCGUAUGUAGAGUAUCAUUACGAGAUCACGUACAACGAUGAUGGAGUCCAAGUAGAAAGUCUGAGGGAAAUAGAUGUUGGCAGAUGUUUGGGAAGCUGCACCUCAGGGAGCCGCUGUCUUCUCAGGAGUGCGUCAGAUCUCGGGGAAUGUCUGCUGUGGGCUGAAGGACAGGGCAACGCUUGUGUUCCUCAAGACUACGAGAGCCACACUUUCCUCAGUCAACAUGGCCAAAUCCGCACCGUUCUGGCCAUCACUUCCUGUCUGUGCCAGUCUUAAUCACAGCGCCGCCUACUGGAAGACUUCAGCGACUGCAGUGGAAACAUGAAUUGGAUCAUUUGCACAGCCCUAAUGCCAGGUUUAGGGUUGUGCAUUAAUGAACGGCAGUUUAAAGGCAUGAUGCAAUAUUUCUGUAAUAUAUGUAAAUUAUGUAAAAAGUAUUUUGUAAAUAAAAUCUAUGUGAGAAAGU